UUCAGCCUCUCCUGAAUUAAAACUUUGUGUUUAUCCCAAAGUCCAAUUGGAAAAAGACAAGAUGAAUUCUCCUCCACGGAAAGUCAGAAAGAACAGCCUGACUUCCAAACCUGAUCAUCUGCUACAGAUUAAACGUCCUAACACAGCAGAAGAGAGCCAGGGGACCGAGAACAACCUGUGUAGACAGUACGAGGAGAAGGUGCGCCCCUGCAUUGACCUCAUCGACUCCCUGCGGGCCCUGGGUGUGGAGCAGGACCUGGCCCUGCCUGCCAUUGCCGUCAUCGGGGACCAGAGCUCGGGGAAGAGCUCCGUGCUGGAAGCCCUGUCCGGAGUGGCCCUCCCCAGGGGUAGCGGUAUUGUUACUAGGUGCCCUCUGGAGCUGAAGCUGAAGAAGCUCCGGGAGGGCAAGGAAUGGAGAGGCAAAGUCACUUACGGGAUCUUUGAGGUGGAGCUCUCAGAUCCUUCACAGGUUGAAGGGGAGAUCAAUAAAGCCCAGAACCACAUUGCUGGGGAAGGACUGGGGAUCAGCAGUGAGCUCAUUAGCCUGGAGGUCAGCUCCCCACACGUCCCUGAUCUGACUCUGAUCGACCUGCCGGGGAUCACCAGGGUGGCCGUGGGCAACCAGCCUGCAGACAUAGGACACCAGAUCAAGAGACUCAUCAGGAAAUACAUCCAGAAGCAGGAGACCAUCAACCUGGUGGUGGUCCCCAGUAACGUGGACAUCGCCACCACGGAGGCACUGAGCAUGGCUCAGGAGGUGGACCCUGAAGGGGACAGGACCAUAGGCAUCUUGACCAAGCCUGAUCUGGUGGACAGAGGGGCCGAAGACAAGGUCGUGGAUGUGGUGCGGAACCUCGUGUGCCACCUGAAGAAGGGCUACAUGGUCGUCAGGUGCCGGGGCCAGCAGGACAUCCAGGAUCAGCUGAGCCUGGCCGAGGCCCUGCGGAGGGAGCAGGCCUUCUUCAAGGAGCACCCGCACUUCAGCAGGAAACGAUGCUUGAACAAGUCUGUGUCCCUGAUACAGAAGGAACAGUCCCUGGGCGGCUCCAGUAGGAACAUGUGCAGGGGCAGGGUUGUAGGGCUGUGUGUGCAGGACGGGUGUGUGGGCACGCCUGCAGGGAACGGGAUGCUUCUGAUGGGCUGCUCUGCACCAGGGAAGUCUGCAGAGAAAUCUCUGCCACGUUUGGAAAAUCAAAUAAAGGAGAGUCACCAGCGUGCAAGUGACGAGCUGCAGAAGUACGGCGUGGACGUCCCCGAGGACGACAGUGAGAGAACUUUCUUUCUGAUUGAGAAAAUCAACACUUUCAACAAGGACAUCACCGCCUUGGUCCAAGCCCAGGAAACCGUCUCACAAGGUGGCAGCCGUCUGUUCAGCAAAUUGCGAGACCAGUUCUUCAAAUGGAAUACUGACAUUGAGAAGCAUUUCAAAAAUAGCUCCGAUGAAAUACACAGACACAUCCAGGUAUUUGAAAAUCAGGAACGUGGCCGGGAGCUGCCGGGCUUUGUGAACUUCAAGACAUUUGAGAACAUCAUCAGAAAACAAAUCAAAGCCCUGGAACAGCCAGCUGUGGACAUGCUGCACGUCAUCACUGACAUGGUCCGAAAUGCCUUCACAAAUGCUUCAUCAAACAAUUUUAAUGAUUUUUUUAACCUCCACAGCGCAGCCAAGUCCAAAAUUGAGGACAUCAGAUCAGAACAGGAAAGGGAGGCGGAGAGGUCGAUCCGACUUCACUUCCAGAUGGAGCAGAUCGUGUACUGCCAGGAUCAGGUUUACAAGGAGGUGUUGCAGCAGGUCAGAGAGAAGGACGCUAAGGCCAAGGAAGAUAAUAAGAACAGAAUGUCAUUUGUACAUGUGUUCCCAUCUGCCCCUCCUCCACAGGACCUGUCCAUCUCUGAAAUGAUCCAACACCAGAACACCUACUACCAAGAGUCCAGAAGGAGCAUUGGGAGAUACGUCCCCUUGAUCAUCCAGUACUUUGUCCUGCAGAUGUUUGGUGAGAAGCUGGAAAAGGCCAUGCUUCAGCUCCUGCAGGACAAGGAAGCCUGCAGCUGGCUCCUGGCCGAGUGCAGUGACACCCGAGAAAAGAGGAAGUUCCUGAAGAGGCGGCUUGCACGGCUGGCCCAGGCUCAGCACCAGCUUGCCAAAUUCCCGAAUGAAUCAGGCUUUCCAUCCUGUCUUGUAUGACCAUAGUAUGACCAUAGCAUAGACCAAGGAAUGGAGCCCACAUGCUUUCAACAGAGCUGCACCGUGAUCCUUUAGAUGCUUAGCUGAUAGCCACAUGUACCAGACAGGAAGUGAAGAGACUAUGUGAUAGUGUUCCCAUGGCUUUAAAAUACAUGUUUGGUGAAUUAAACUGAACUUUGAGCAUGUGUGCCUGGAGACCCUGUGUCUCAGGAGAAAGUUUAUGCAAGAGUGCCUGCUGGGGAGGUAUAUCCGGAAUGCCGGUGCUCCCAUAGUGUCUCAGGAGACAUUUUGAGCUCCCAAGAAGACAUACUAUGGAGAUGAUGUGGUCUUGCUGGUCUUAUGUUGCUGAAUUGUUAUAUUCUAGGCAUUGUAUUGUUGUUCAGUGUUCUGUAAACAUUUGACUGUGGUUCUUAGAAGUGUGGGAAUAAAAGCAGAGCAGCCUGUGCUUUUGGCA